GUAUUGAGUGUCGCUGGCGGGCGCGCGGAGCUGAGGGUGGCUCCGGCUGAUGUAGAUAAGGCAAGGCCACACGCACGCCGCGGGCUCCUGCACACCUCAGCCCUCGCCGGACGGCCAGCUCUCGCCGAAAUAUAUACUUAGCUACUUAUUUAUAGUUAUUUAUUUGGAUUUCAUAAUUUUACAAACGGCUAAGCGAAGGGUACACUGAUAUUGACCCUGAUGGGGCACAGUAAAACCCGCCGCGCACAGCUUCAGUGCAGCCGGCCACAUGCACACUUGAUAUUAUGAUUUUAAAACAUUCAGCUUUACGAAUUUUUAUACAACAGCCUUUAUAUCUGUAUACCUACUUUUAUCCUUUUAAAAUUUUUUAACAUAAAUUAAAUAUGAAAAAAAAAACAGUAAAAAAUAUAAAAAUAGUGUCCCACUGGCAUCUAGGACAUGGUCCAAGCUACUUACGAUCAGGGCUCCUGAGAGAGAAACCUCUUGACGAUGCGUACCGUGGCAAGUAGUAUAGCCUCGGAGGAAGGAAACAUAGCGGACAUGCCGUAAGGCGUGAUCAGUUACUAGAAUUAACGAGACGUUUGGAUUUCUUGUCUAAUCAAAACCAAUAUGCCAAAGAUUGGUCUUGAUUGCGUGAUAAUUUUAUUUUGAAAGUAAUGUUCUAUAAUAAUGUAAUAAUGUUCAACAAUAUUUCAUUCAUUUUCAUUUCACAUAGUAAAAAUAAAUAGUUCCUAAAAUAUUAUAUGUGUAGCACAUGAAUACGAUGCAAUGUUUCAAGACAAUAUUCGUAGCUAAUUUGUAGCAACAUGACCGCGUAGCUAUUGUGCGUAGCGUGCUACGAGCGGCUACGUGCGCCUACGGCUAUUAUUAAGCCGUAGCGAUCAGAUGGCGCUCGUCCUGAGUACUGCUAACAAUAUGUUUGCUGAAGGUCAACUCGCACAACUAAUACAUCGCUGGGCGGUUCUCUAACUUGUAGGUAUUAUAAUAUUUGGGAUGAUUAUAUAACCAAGCAAUGUUACGUAAGCCUUCCAGCACGAGGCCUCGAUGGCCUCGUACGUGUAGCAGUUCCUAGCAGUAGUGGUCAAUGAUAAUUGAGUUUUAGGCUUCGAUUCCCAGGUUAGGCUAGACUUAAUUUGUAGUUGCAGGUAUUGCAGGAAAUGCAGCCAGAGUCCGCUGGGUGGCACCUGACGGCGACAGCUCACGGUAGCUGCGUGUGCUCAGUGACCGCUCACAAUGAUUGCAUCUAUGCGAGUUCUUGAAACUAUGUUAUCGAUGCUGUCUACAACGAUAAAACAUCACUUGUCGAAAACAUAUUCUAUUCAACAGCUUGUACAAAACCAAUGGUGGUUUUGUAAUACAAUAUAAAGUUGGUUUCUGCAAUAUCUAAAAUCGAAACAAACUUAGUCUUAUUUAGAAGUAGGCCUAAGUUUUGACUAGCAUUUUGUGUUUUAUUCUGUAAUAUAUAUUUACCUGAAUGUUUCGUGAGGGUACAAUACAAAUACCUACCUAAGUGUUCUACUUAUGUAUGUCGACGUCAUCGACUCAUGUGACAAUUGAUUGCAAAACAACAAUGCAAGACGCGUAUCGAUUGACAAAGUGACCCAUUACAGUCAGCGCGCCAUGGCGAGCCAUUCAAAUUUUAAUGGAACACUAACUGAUGUGAAGCGGAAUCUACGAAAUUGUCUUGGAAGGCAGACCAGUGUUUACCCUCGUAGUGGUGCAGGUGGCGCGUGCGCGAUAAUGUCCGCAGUAGUAGCGCGCGGCGCGCUGACCAGUGGCCGGCAGCACGCGCGGCCGAGCACACGGCGACAUGCCGCCCGCGCCGCCGCGCGACGCCAGCUUCACGCUGCUGGGCCGCGAGCCCGCGCGCCCGCCGCCGCACGUGCACGUGGUGCAGCCGCUGCAGCGCGCGCCGCCCGAGCCCGCGCACUCGCUGCUCGACCCCAAGUUCUCGCGCGCGCUCGACUUCAAGCUGCGCCGCCUCAAGGAGAAGGAGCUCCUGCAGGCCAACCUCCGCCGACCCACGCGGCACCGCUCCCACAACGGCGCCCUCGCAGCCUCCAACCCCAACAUCAGCCAGCGGGAGCGAGCGCCGCCCAAGAUGUUGAGCCAAUCGCAUCCGCGGAUCAAUAUCAUGGAGCCAGAUAGCGACAAGAAGAUUUCACCUAAAAUGGACAAGUCGCCGUCGCCGGGGCGCAAGGUUAGGUCCCGGAACGCGCCAUCCACGGACGGAGACAAGCCCCGGUUCGUGACCACGGUGAAGAGCGGGCAGUUCCUGCUGCCGCCGCCGGAGGUGGCGCGGAUACUCGGCCUGGAAGCGCUGUACCCCACCCAGGAGAGAGACAAGAUAGUGUUCUCAUACUCGAGCAAGCCGAAGGCGGUGGCUCCGCGGACGAAGCGGGCGCUGGAGGAGCAGGCGCCGGGCAGCCCGGCCAGCAGGCGGCGCGUCGGCGAGCUGUUCCGCGGCGUGCGGGCGCUGGCGGCGGGCGCGGCGGGGCUGUCGGCGGGUUCGCUCGCGUACGUGCGCCGCUGCUGGGGGCGCGCCGCGCCGCUGCCCGCUGGCUGGCGGCGGAGCGGCGCGCAAGACCACAACGCCUAUUCCGCUAUCUUAUCAGGAUUUCAAUUUGUUUGAUUGCCUCGACUCAUUUAAAUAAUUCGUCGAAGAGUUUAUUUUUGUAUAGCUAUCGAAAUCUAAAUACCAGUUCAAAUUUGGUCUGUAGAAGCGUAUUUUGAAAAACAAUACAAAUUAUGAAUAAGGUGACUGACGGGAACACAAUCAUAUUCAUUUUCUUUCGAAUGUAAAUCAGAUGUCUUCGACUUACUUGGCGUCCGCCGAAGUUGUGAUCAAAUCGAUAUAGGCCAGAUCAUUAAUAUACCAAAAAUGGCAUAUAAUAUAAUGUGAAAUUGAAAUAAUUGCAAGUACAUACUGUAUAUAGUUAUAUAUGUAUAUAUUUUGUUCAUUUGUUUAUUUAUUUCUCAGCAUAUUAUUUACAUUUUUAAAUAGGUAUUAAAUUAUAAAAAUAAAAAAAAAAACAUUUAAAAAUAUAAAAAAGUGAUGGUCACCGAUAUAGUGCACGGGUCCAAGGUACCGGUGGUUAGGGUCCCAGAGACAGAAACCUCCUCAUAAUACGCGCCGUAUCAAGGAGUACUGCCUUCUGAAUCAGUCCCUUGAUCCAGCCGCUUAACGAGAGCCUCCUGAGGUGUUGAUCGAGGCUCUUGGCUAUUAGACCAUUGGCCGUAACGACAAAAUAACAGCUGUGUCGACAUUCCACAUGGCGACAACCUCGUGCGCUAAGCCGAGCGAGACCCUUUUUACAGUUACAUAUAUUAUUAUUAAUUUAUUUGUGUAUUGUAAUAUAUGUAAGCAUACGUUUCAUACUAGUUCUCUGUUUUGUUUGCACCUACCAACGCUUUCUCUCCACCACCCAAAGGUAGAGUGGUAGAGAACGCCUAAGGCGCUAUGUCCGCCAUUGUAGGUACUGUACAUAUGUGCAAGAGGUAUUAAAGAUUAUUUAAAAUUUGGAAACAACCUGACCCACGGUCUUAUUGGAUUUGAUCCAUAUUUCGAGAAACACUAUACUCUUCUGUGUAAAAUUGUGUAAUUAUGGUUUACCCACCUCACGGUUUGUACGUAUCUAUAUAAAUUAUAGCUGUUUCCUAGUGUUUCACCAGCAUCCCGGA